AUGUCGAUGCCAAGAGUGUUUCUGGCGCGCCACGGCGAGACCGAGUGGUCCAUCUCUGGGCAGCACACGGGUCGGACCGACAUCGCCCUCACGCCGCACGGCGAGGAGGUCAUGAAGCAGCUCGCGCCUUCCAUCAUUGGCGUCGACAACGGCAAGCUCAUCGACCCCACCCGCCUCAGCCACAUCUUUGUCAGCCCGCGGUACCGCAGCCGGCGCACCCUCGAAAUCAUGCUGGAAACCGUGCCGGAGCGGGCGCGCAGCCAAGUGCCCCCCGUAGAGGUGCUCCAAGACUGCCGCGAGUGGGACUAUGGCGCCUACGAGGGCAAAAAGACCCACGAGAUCCGCGCCGUCCAGCCCGGAUGGGACAUCUGGCGAGACGGCACGCCCGACCACCCCGAGAGGCCCCUCGAGCUGCCCGGCGAGUCGGCCCAGCACAUGUCGGACCGCAUCGAUUCAGUCAUUGCCACCAUCCGCCGCCUCCAGUCCGGUCACGUAGACCGCCGCAACGGCGGCCACGACGUCGGCAACAAGACCUGCGACGUCCUCCUCGUCUGCCACGGCCACUUCAACCGCGUCUUUGUCGCACGCUGGCUCGGCCUCCCCAUCACCCAGGGCCGCCUCUUUGAGAUGGACCCAGGCGCCAUGGUCGUCCUUGGCUAUGCCCACCACUCAUUCCAGGAGCCCACCAUCGCCGGCAUCUUUUCUUCCAAGACCGGGCCCAAGCCAGACGCCCUGCCCAGCUCAAGCGCCGUCGCAGUCGCAGGCCCCGCCGUCGCUGCCGGGCACGAGGAGUCGCAGUACCUCUCGCUCGUCUCGCGCGUCAUUGCCGAGGGCGAGCACCGGCCCGACCGCACGGGGACGGGCACCAUUGCGCUGUUUGCGCCCCAGCCCUGCCUCCGCUUCAGCCUGCUCAACAACGCCCUGCCCCUCCUCACCACCAAGCGCGUCUUUCUGCGCGGCGUCCUCGAGGAGCUCCUCUGGUUUGUCGCCGGCUGCACAGACUCAAAGGUCCUCACCGAGCGCGGCGUGCACAUCUGGGACGGCAACGGCUCGCGCGACUUCCUCGACGGCCGCGGACUCUCGCACCGGCGCGAGGGCGACCUCGGACCCGUCUACGGCUUCCAGUGGCGCCACUUUGGAGCAGAGUACAAGGACUGCGACGCCGACUACGCCGGCCAGGGCGUCGACCAGCUGCGCGACGUCAUUGACAAGAUCAACAACAACCCCACCGAUCGUCGGAUCAUCAUGUCGGCGUGGAACCCGAGCGACCUCGGCAAGAUGGCGUUACCGCCAUGCCACAUGUUUGUGCAGUUCUACGUCUCGAACCUGGCAGCACACGCCGCGGGGACGGGGCGCAAGCAGCUGAGCGCGCAGAUGUACCAGCGGUCGUGCGACCUCGGGCUGGGGGUGCCGUUCAACAUUGCGUCGUACGCGCUGCUGGUGCACAUGAUUGCGCACGUGACGGGCUGCGAGGCAAAGGAACUCACCAUCAGCAUGGGAGAUGCCCACGUCUACUCGGAUCACGUCGAGCCGCUCAAGCUGCAACUGCAACGGGAUCCGCUACCCUUCCCGACGCUCCGGUUCAACCGCGACGUAAACGACAUUGACGACUUCAAGUACGAAGACUUUGCGGUAGAGGGCUACAAGUGCCACGGCAAGAUUGACAUGAAGAUGAGCGUCUAG